AUGUUGGUCACAUACAAAAACAACCGGCUGAUACCAGCACUCAUCAUCACCGUGUGCUUUGUUCUUUUCUACUGCCUUAUUGACCCCUCGCUGGAGAAUUAUGGUUAUGACCCAGUAGUCAAGCAGAAGGGUAUUGUCGUAGAGGAAGUGGAGUUGUCCGAUGGCCAACGGAAGCCGGUCGAUCUGGGCACAAGCUCGACAGCGGGAACAGCAGAGGCGCCAUCCAAAGAGGUGGAAUACAUCGCGCCAACUAGCAGCCACAAGACGACAGACAAAGAAAAGAAGCCCGCCAAGGCCAUAUCAUACAACGGCCUCUCAACAGAUGACGUUCUCCUCAUCGUCAAAACUGGCGGCACCACCAUUUGGAAGCGGAUGCUGGUGCAUUUCACCACGUCGCUCUCCCAGGACCGUAUUCCCCUGGCCAACACCGUCAUCUACUCCGAUGUGCCGGAGCAGGUUGGCCCCUACAACGUCAUCGACGUGUUAGCCAACAUGUCUUCUGCGGCCAAGGCCCAGCCUGACUUUGACGUCUACCGGCAGCAGCCCGAGUAUAUGGCCAACAACUAUUAUGUCGAGGCCGCCGGCGUCAAUGGCGAUGAAUGGGGUCCCGUGGGAGGCUGGAUCAUCGACAAGUACAAGUUUAUUCCGCUGAUCCAGCAUGCCGGCGACAACUGGCCCAAAGCCAAAUGGUAUAUAUACAUGGAAGACGACGCAUACCUCUUCUUGCCCGCCGUUUUGGGCUACCUGGCCAAGUUUGACUCGACAGAGCCGCACUACCUGGGCAGCUACGCGGCCAAGUCAGAUGUCAUCUUUGCCCACGGCGGCGCGGGCUUUGCGUUGUCCAGAGGAGCGUGGGAGCAGUCGUUUGGAAAGCAGGGCAACGGAAAUGGAAGCCUGACGGAGGAAUACUACCAGUACACGGCCGACCACUGCUGCGGCGACCAGGUGCUCGCGCACGCACUGCGCAAGCACGGCAUCAAGUUUGGCGAGAACGGCGGUGACGGCAAGUUCACAUUCGGCUUCAACCCCGUAGUACACUGGGCCUUUGCUUUCGCCAACGCCAACUGGUGCAAGCCGCUGCUGUCGUGGCACAAGGUGCACAACCGCGACAUCGCUCGCUACUUCGAGCUGGAGCAGAGCUGGGACUGGAGCAAGCCGCUGCUGCACCGCGACUUCUUCAACGCCAUGAUCCUCCCCAAUAUCAAAGAGCACGCCGAGUGGUGGGACAACUACUCGGGCGUCUUCGAGGUUUCGUCCGGCAACAGAGAAUGGGCUCCCAAGCCGGGCGCAGAGAAUGGCCAGUACGACAAGGCGCUGUGGGCAAAUGCCUGGGAGUCGGUUGAGGCAUGCGAGGCCGCCUGCCAAGGCUGGACAAUGUGCAUGCAGUGGAACUAUGUCGAGGAUCUAUGCAAGAUGGACGACAAGAUCUAUAUGGGCCAGGGCUAUGCGCCGGGCAUGUCGCAGAGGAAGACGGCCCUGAAGCACACCAGCGGCUGGAUGUACAAGAGACUGGAAGAUUGGAAGUGUUGA